GACGACAUCGGAGUGCGCCCCCUGCCGUCGUCCCCGUCGUAGCCGUCGCCAUGAACAGCGUCGGGGAGGCUUGCACAGACAUGAAGCGCGAGUACGAUCAGUGCUUCAAUCGCUGGUUUGCCGAAAAGUUCCUCAAAGGGGACGGCUCCGGGGACCCGUGCACCGACCUCUUCAAGCGCUACCAGCAGUGUGUCCAGAAAGCAAUAAAGGAGAAAGAGAUUCCUAUUGAAGGACUGGAGUUCAUGGGCCAUGGCAAAGAAAAGCCCGAAAACUCUUCUUGACUUUGACAAUCACCUUGAAAAUGGAUUCCUCAAAUCAGGAAAUUGAGGUCUCUGGAUCUUGUCAUCUGGGCUGUGAAGAGAGCCCUCGGAUUUAAUGAAUUAGGAGGGAGUUUCAUUUCCUCCCUGAUGCUUUCUUCUCACUGGUAAAAGACGAUGAACCAUCACUCUGAGAUGAUUUCUUACUUGCUCUGGCAUCUUGCAGGAACUCCAUCAGUAUGAGCUAAUACUGAACAAUUUCUUGGGAUUAUGGUUGCAAUACUUGGUCUGGGAUCUGCUUUAAAUAUGCCUAGUAUGUCAAUAAUGAUAAACUAGUCAGGAUGAUCAGAGUUGCCUGACCUCUUGAUUUGUGCUGCAAAGGACAAUAUAUACACCAUACUGGGAUCGCCAUUCACGAAAGCAGUUGGUUAGGACGUCUUUUUAUUCCCGCUCAGGGAGCAAAAGCUCUGAAAAGGGAUCCAUCCAGGCACAACGGUUUCAAUCAAUGCUUGGGAGCACAGUUUUAUUUUUAUAUAGUACCUAACAGUUAAGGUUGCUGGUGGCCUGGGUUAACAAAGAGGAAGACAACUUUUAACAGUUCCCUGCCUUAAUGAAGUUGUCAGAUUGAAGACAUGAAAGCUUCAGGAAUGGCACAGUAAACACCAUUUCAGAGCUCACAGGAGUUUAGGAAUUAGGAUAUAGGGAGUAGCUGUGAAGGAAGAACCUAAAUUGCAAAGAUAUGCUAUUGCCAGCUUUUAACCCAAGUCAAUGAAUUAAGUCAACCUGCAUAUCAUGAAAGUGCCAAAAUGCUGCACCUGAUUAAACGGGAGGAAAAGGUGUUUGCUUUAUUUGCCUUGCUUGCCCACCUUGCUCAAAUGUCUGUAAUCAUGAAGAUGGAAUAAACUGUUAACAUUUAA